GUUGCAGCUGCCACGGGACUCCUCGUCUUCGUGCUGUACGCCGCCAUCCACAGGGUGGAAGAGGGGCACCUGGCCGUGUAUUACAGGGGUGGUGCGUUAUUAACUAGUCCGAGCGGACCAGGCUACCACAUCAUGCUCCCGUUCAUUACCACCUUCAAAUCCGUGCAGACCACGCUGCAGACCGAUGAAGUGAAAAAUGUGCCUUGUGGGACAAG